AUGCAGCUGGAGUGCAGCAAGCCCGACUCUCCAGUUCCCCUGGGACAGAGGCGGCGAGGCUUUGGCUCAAUCAGGUCUCGACAGAAAUGGGUGCCUUCGCCCCUCCGGCCUGACGGCGACGACAAAGGUUCUCAGCCGGGGAUAUCGCCGCGCUCGGCGGCUACACCAGCGUCGAAGCCCGUCGUUCCACCUCAGCCGGCACCGGAUGCCGUCGUACCAUGUCUUGAGAGUGCCACAAUGGCUGCGACCGGCGACUUUGACUCUUCAGUGGAUAUGCAACCGGUGCCGUCGACAACGGCAGCCAUCCAAAACCCCUUCCCACAGAACCUUGAGUUAGGCUCCAACCCUAGCAAUUUCGUCUAUGACGAGCCUUGGUUGCCCGAGGGAGUCCCAUCGCAGGUGGCCACGGCCGGUGAGAGCCCCUGGGAUCCCGCUCUGGCCGAAUUUCUCAAUCAAGGUUUCGACUUGUACGUAGCUAACGACACUUGGGACACCACCGCGUGGGCGGAUUUCCAACCCCCCGUAGCCUGGCAGACUUCGCCCGGGGACCUUGGUACAAGUCAGCUCGUGCAGCGGGAGAAUCAUACACCGACCCUACCACAAUGUGACAUGACUCUGCUGCCACCGUUUGAUACCAUGAAAGACUCGAUCCAGUCUCUUCCCCAUCCACAGGCGUCGACACCUUCGGCAAUCAGCUCCUGGCCGGCUCCAGCCGACUUCCCGUGCGUCGAGAGGCUCAACUCUGUGGAGUGCAGGGCAUUGGAUUAUUACCGCUCUCGAUUCUCCCCUUCACGAAGUCUCAAACCUUUCGCAUCGUCCUCGUACGCACUCUUCUUGCGCUUGGCUCGCGAGAAGAAAGUCAUCUUGCAUCUCAUUCUGGCACUAUCCAUGCAGGACUUACUACAUGUUGAUCCCAAUGACAGCGGCAACGUGCGUCUUACCAGAUUAUAUCUGGAAAGAGGGAUGCAGACGCUACGUGAAUAUCUUGGACAGGAUGGACGGGAUCAUGUUACUGUCUUGACUGCUUUCUGGCUUCUGACCCUGUUCAUGUUGAACGGAAAAGCUUUCCCUGCUGUGACGGAGAGAACUUGGCUGAAUUCGGCUCUCACUGAGUACGUCCGAGAGAACAAUUUACAUCGGGCCUGGAGUGCUACCAUUGGCCCCGGCGGCAGGGGGAAUGAAGUCGUCAGACACCGGCCCGGAAAGAUUGAGGCGCCCACUCAUAGCCUGCUGGCUAAGCUACUCACCAUGCUCGUCUUCGGCCACGUCCAUUUGAAUUUCCGCACUUACAUUGGUCAUUUCGCGGAGCUCUUCUUCGACGACACGGAGGUGCUCCACGAUCUCACUCAGGUGUCACAAAACUACCUGCAGCUCAACCAUGGGCAUUCUUACCCGAUCGCCGAGACUCUUUGUGAUAUCGAGAGCGCAGAAUGCUAUCGAUUGUACCUCGAAGAGCACAGAUUGUAUCACUGGAUCAGCCAACUUUUCUGGAUAAAUAGUGGAGACUAUAGUGUCUUGGAACAAGCGAUCGAAAGUCUCGAAGCAAAAUGUGAUUCCUUCAUUCGAAUCACUUCGAGUCCCUUUAGUGCCCAAUCGCAAUACACUCGGCGCCAUUUCCAGAUUGACACGAUCGUUUGCGAAUUCUACGCCAUCCAAAUCUACCAUUUCCGUUGUAGAGAGCAACCGUUGACAGCGGCCAUUAGCAACGCAGCUUCCUCGUACUUGCGAAUCGCAAGUCGAAUCUGGAAAGCUGGGGUGCGGUACAGCUGGUUUAAUCGGUCGCUGUUUAUUGUUGGCAUAGAAACCACUGACCCCAUCCAUCGCGACUGGAUCCAAGAUCACAUGGCCAUCACCGAGCUGAAGCACCUUUUGUUGACCGCCUGGGCUGCUGAAGAAUCGCGGGGAAAGAGACUGGCGCCGGAGGACCUGAGGGAAAUCCUUCGAACGCAGUACCCGGGCGCAGAAUCAGGGCGGCAAGAUGAGCUCGUCUCACCCCUCGAAACGCGCGAAAGCUAG